UGUGUGAGUGGGGGGAGGGUAGCUCAGUCAUUCUUGAAAAGGGGGCAUGGCAUACGCCCAGCAACAAGUUUAAAGAGCCAUUCCUCCGCUCUCUCAGGUACAUUUCACUGUUGUUGUUGGUGUCAGUCAGUGGUCAUGCCUCAGCAAAGAGACCCUGAUCGGGAGUGGGCCGACCUGCGUUGGCUGGAAAUACAAGCACAGGAAUAUUUGGCAGAAUAUGAGGCCCGGAAAGCAUCUGAACCACCACCCCCUAAAAUCAGAAGAAAUACCCAGAGGACAGGGAGAGACAAACCAAGGGCUAAGCGUGGACGCCCAAAAGGCUCGACUUUGGCCUCCAGAGCUGCACUUCCCUUAGAAGUGGAUAAAGAAGGUCCUCAAUGCAGCCUCAGUGUUGACCCAGGGAGAGACAAACCAAGGGCUAAGCGUGGACGCCCAAAAGGCUCGACUUUGGCCUCCAGAGCUGCACUUCCCUUAGAAGUGGAUAAACAAGGUCCUCAUUGCAGCCUCAGUGUUGACCUACAAAUGGAACUUGAAAGGUACAUGGAACAGCUACAGGAGGCACCAGAAGAGCCCACAAAGUCUAAUGAUUGGAGUUCGAGGCAGAAAAAAGCUGCAGAGUGUUGGAAAGCUGCGAGACAAUUCCACGUGCAGAGCCUCUUUGAAUCCCAUCGUGUCGGCCAUCCAUUGUGCACCCAUUGCAACGAGACUGCUGUUAUUAGGUGCAGAGAUUGUCUGCCCAGUGAGUGGUUUUGUGGCAAAUGUGACGUCACUUUCCACAAGAAGGCAGUUCUCCACAAUAGAGAGAGCAUCCAUGAGGGCUUCUUUAAGCCCAUCCCUCCCAGCACAGUCAUCGUCCAGGGAGAUGCUGGCUUUUCAGCUCAGGAGCAACAAUGUAUAAUGCCAUUUAAGGCAAGUCAGAAAUGCUCCUGCAACCUUCCCAAUAUAUCUGUGUCGCCAGGAAAGGCUGUCAUUUUGAUUUCGAUCAAUGGCAGGUACGAUUUGCAUCUGCCAUUGUUUCAGUGCCACAAAUGCAGUCAGAAGUGGUAUCCCGAGUUUGGGGAUGUGGUGGGAAGUGGGUACUGGCCAGCCUCCAUCUGUGCACAGAACAAGACGUAUUACACACUGGACCUGUUCAGUUCCUUUGAGGAGCUGAAAGUAAUUGCCCCCACACUGUCCAGACAGGCUUUCGCCAAACUUCUUGAGCACAGAACAAGAUGUGCUGGGAGGUCAGGACCUGUGUCUGGCGACCGUCUGCAGAGGAGCUUCCUGGAGUUCUACUAUUGCCAGUACGAGCAAGAGCAGCAAACAGGGGAAGCCUCCCUAUCAUGCCCAGCAUGUCAUCCGGACAUGGUAGCUGUGGCAGUGGAUGGUAACAGAAAGCUUUACCGCUUCAAAAGUAGAAGUGCUUGUUCUGCAGACAAGCCCUAUUUUGAUGGUGUGUUUGUGGCAGAGGAUGCGGCUGUUGCAGACUUUGUCGGCACACUACAUCGUGCAGUGAAACAGACACGUGGUCAGGGUACCUGUGGGGGGACAUCCUGGGCUGCAGCGAAGGAGAUUUCUAGGAGGGCAAAUAAGAUGGACGAAGAAGGCAUGGAAGUUGCUGUUUGUAGGCAUGGCUUUCUAUUGAAAGCCCUGAAUAUGUACAGAGGGGAGAUCUUCGCCUAUCCAAUGUUUCUCCAUAAAGCGCUAAUGCCAUGCAACGCAACCUUCUUUGCAAUGGAUGUGGCUUGCAAGUACUGGCCAUACCUUCAGAAGGCUGCCAACCACCUGCCAGAGCUCCUAGAGCUUUUGAAUUCCACACCCCUCCUUAGUGUCAUGCAUGCACAAAACCACGAGACCAAGUGUCAGAUUGCUUGGAGUGGAAAAUACAUUGAGGGUGCCGGGACUACUGCGGGAGAGGAAGUAGAGCAAGUGAACAGCUACCUGUCCCGCUGUGCUUUGACAACAAAGUACAUGUCCAAAGGAGCACGUGUGGACAUGCUGACUGUUCAUGCCUUAGGGUGGAACAAGAAGAAAACCUCUGGACUGCAACAAGCCCUGUGCUCCCGAUAUGCCAAGACAUGCAAGAUGCUGACGGAAGCUGAGAAGGAAGAGCAGCAGAAAAAGGAGGAUCUGGCCUGCACUGAUGGAGCUGCAUGGGUUGCUGAAGUGCAGGAAUGGGCAACCCGCGUAAGAACACGCCCUUUGAAGCUGCAGCAGGACAUAGAGGGCCGCUAUCUUAACCUUCGACAGAGGAAGCAAGCUCUGUACCGAAAGAAUGACAGUGGUCAGUUGCGUCAUCGUCUGCGGAGCGAGAUGACUGUUGUUAAGAACAGGCUUCUUAAAGACAUUGCCACCUUCAACAGUGCAUCGCCAACAACGACAAUCGACAUUGGAACCGUGGAGCGAUCAUUGUCAGGAGAUGGACCAGCUGUUUUUUGGCCUUGGGAUGUGCAGGGGAGUGUCAGACUUGAGGACAAGCAUGCCUACUUUGUGGCCUCGAUGCGCAGGAAGCGCUUGGAAGAAGAGAAAGGCAUCCUCGUGAAGGAGAUGGAACAGCACACUACAUCACUGAAAAGAUUGAUGUCUUGUCUAGAAGCAAAGAUGUCAUCGGCAGAGUCACAAAAUGAGGGCCUUUCUGCCUUCUGUCGAAGACGGCUUCAUGACCUGACAAUCGUCCAUCUUUCUGCUGUGGCAAGCUACAGGGCUGUUUUAAGCCCACAGGGGACCAAUAGGCCAUCUUGUGAGGAAGGGCAGGGAGAUGACGGGAAUGAGGACGAUGUACACAGCAGUGAUUUCUCAUACACCAGUGAUGAGGAAGAAACGGAGUUUCUUUAAUCUGAGACGGUUUGGAAUCAUCAAUCAUCAUUCCUUGACACCCGCAGCUGUCUCCUUUCUCCUGCUUUCUCCAACACACCAACAGCCUCUCUCUGUCCUGCUCUCCUCUGUCUCCUCCAUCCUGAUCUCCAGUGCAGCAGCAGUGCCAUCCAUGUCACCCCCAGCAGCAGCACUGGCAUUCAUGCCCUCAGUAGCACCCAGGACAGAAAACACAACAUUUAAAUUAAACUGUUAAAAAACUCUGUUAAGCUAUUGCCAUUCCACCAAGAACUAAGUGAUUGCUGUGAGUUAUUCAGCCAGUGGAAUGUGCUGUGUGUGUGUAUGUGUGUGUGUGUGUGUGUGGG